GGAGCCUCGGCACUGUUAUGUUUCAGAGGCUGAAGUAAAGCGGCAGCAUCAUGGACCGCAUGGCCACGGUGAACCGACACUCUCCGGUUGUCAGGGGCAGACGAGGCUAAUGUUUCCCGUGAAUUUCACUCUCAGUUCAGGAUUAAAAAACUCCACGAGGCUCCGCGUAUUUUGCCAGCGGACGACGGCUCUGUCUAUGCGCGUGGCGGCGGUGUCUUCAGCUUCGUUAGCGAACGAGCAAAUCAACACUGAGCGCCAGCGUCGGCGCUGAGCUAGCGGCGCCGCUAGCUUGGCAUCUCCGUGUUUGUGGACGAUGUGGUCCCUGCUGUCGUACGGUAGAAUUGUAGCCAGAGCUGUCAUUGGCGGACUCUCUCAGACGGACUCUCGCGACUACAGCCUGGUGACAGCGAGCUGCGGCUUCGGCAAGGACUUCCGUAAAGGUAUCCUGAAGAAAGGAAUGUGCUAUGGAGACGACGCGUGCUUCGUCGCCCGGCACAGAUCCGCUGAUGUUUUAGGUGUGGCAGAUGGGGUGGGUGGCUGGCGAGACUACGGUGUGGACCCCUCACAGUUUUCGGGUACACUCAUGAAGACGUGUGAGAGGCUGGUGAAGGAGGGGCGUUUCACUCCCAGCAAUCCUGUAGGGGUCUUGACGACCAGCUACUACGAGCUGCUGCAGAACAAAGUGCCACUGCUGGGGAGCAGCACGGCCUGCAUCGUGGUUUUGGACCGGCAGAGUCACCGACUGCACACGGCCAACUUGGGAGACUCGGGCUUCCUGGUGGUGCGGGGAGGGGAGGUGGUCCAUCGUUCAGACGAGCAGCAGCACUACUUCAACACGCCCUUCCAGCUGUCCAUCGCUCCCCCCGGGGCCGAGGGCAACGUUCUUAGUGACAGCCCUGACGCCGCCGACAGCUCUUCCUUCGACGUUCAGCUGGGUGACAUUAUCCUCACCGCCACUGACGGGCUCUUUGACAACAUGACAGACUACAUGAUCCUGCAGGAGCUGAAGAAGCUCAAGAAGGCUAAUUACGAAAGCAUCCAGCAGACGGCGCGCAGCAUCGCAGAGCAGGCCCAUGACUUGGCAUAUGACCCAAACUACAUGUCCCCUUUUGCACAGUUUGCAUGUGACAAUGGACUGAAUGUAAGAGGAGGGAAGCCAGAUGACAUCACAGUGCUGCUGUCCAUAGUGGCAGAGUACACCGACUAGAGACUGUGUGUGGGGGGCGUUUGCCUCUGCAGGUGAUGGACUGCUUUGAUUCCUGCUGGUCAGGAUGAAGGACUAAUGUCAGAUGCUUUUCCCCACAUCCACUGGCUCUGCUCUGCUGCCUGAACUCCUCCUCCCUUUAAGUAAUGGUGUCCAUCACAGAGAUGCUGAAUAAAGAAGAGCAGAGGACUGAAUCAUCCUCAUUGUUGCAGCACUCCAGAGCUCAGGGGGAUUAUCCUGUUUACCGGGAAAAGUAAAGUAGUCUCAGUUCAGAGAUGAGGGGACAGAUGUUGCCGGACAGUGGUGGAGUGACCUCCACAUUGCGCCACUGGAAGGGAAACCUACAGUCCACGAGUAGUGUUUAAUGCACAGGAAAAGGCAGCAUUAGGGCUUAAUAAAUGGGCUGCCAUGUGUCAAAGAGAUUGUAUGAGUGUGCAGGGAGUGUAUGUUUGAUAAUAAGUUAUGGUUUGUCUGCUGUUUUGUUAAAUGCAGUGUAUGUGACAUUAUACAAGGGAUGAGCCGAUGUUCAGGAUCAGCCUGAUGAUACUGGUCAAAAUAACUAACGAUAUUGAAAAUUGGAUCCAAAACUCCUACAUAUCACAAAUGCUUCACUAAGCCCAGCCUGUAAGACGUGUCAACAAUAAGCAGUAAUGGCAUUUUAAAGGUCCAGUGUGUAACAUUUAGGAGAGUUAAUUGCAAAUAGAAUCUAAAACUGUUUUAUACUUAUUGUAAAUAGUAUAAAACAAAAAGCCUUAAAAUAAGCCUUUAUAUGAAUGGUCUUGUUUUAUAGAGGCAGCCAUCUUGUGCCACUAUGUUUCCACAGCAGAGUGAAAGUCUACGAAGACUGUAGUUGCCUUGACCAGUGUUUGUUAGCUGUGACUCAUUCUCACAAAAGGUUUAAUAAAUCGAUAUUGGGAUGCGAAUAGAAGAAUAUUAUUGAGUAUUUGUGAAAUCAUAUUGCAUUAUACUCUCACAAAAGCUCUAGUGAGGGUGAGCACUUGGUGCCAUCUAGUGGACUGAAAUGCUAAAAGGUAUGUAUUUGCAAUAUCAGCUGAAGCUAAAGAAAUUGAUACUUGCGUCGCAAAAGCAAUAUAAUAUUGCCACGAAAAGUAUGAUAAUAUUUCACUGCAUCGAUCCCCCCACUCAUAGCUAAUAUUAGAUCCUCAGCACAGUACAAGUAUUUUGCAUUCAAGUACUACAAGUAGUGGCUUCCAAUGCUACGUUACACGACUUCCAAUAGUGUUGCUAUUUAUAUUGUUUUAAGCUUUAUAUAAAAAGUGAUUCCACUGAGUUUUACGUUUGAAAAUCUAGUAUCACGACGACCAUAAUUCUUACACACUGAACCUAAAUGAGCCACAUUGUUAAAUGCAUAUAAAACGUCUUGUGCUAAUGAAGCAUAUUGUUUUUGAAAAGGUUGGAUAGGCGAGGUGUUCACAGACUGUGUCAGACUGAUUGUUGUGAUAAGUGGAGCCAUCCCUCCCUCUAGUUUCUUGGAGCAGAUUCAGAUCCAUUAAGAUUUCAUGGAGAGCAGCAGGAGCUGCCUUUUCCAUCCCAAUGCAACCAACGUCCUGCACACGUUAGCUGUUGGGGAGAAUAUUUUCUUAAUCUACAUAAUGUGUGGAAGUGAAAGGCUCCCUUUAAAACCACAGCUGCUGCUGUUGAAGUCUUGAUUGUGAUGUGUGUGUGAAUGUGAUUGAUUGCACUCAUGUGCCUGUUCUCUGUGUGUGUGUGAAACAUUUGUGAAGGUGACAGACUUCUCCAUAUCCACUGGGCUAAUUUGGUCUUGCCGCCUUAAAACGCACAAGCUCAAGAAGCAUAUCUGACACAGUGGAAGUUGGUCAUGUGACCAAGUGUAUUUUUGUAACUUCUUUGUUUUUGUGGUUGUUGUUGUUGUUGAAUUGUCUAGACUGAGCACCAUGUCAGAGUAGAGCGUCUGAAACUGUGGCACAUUCAUACGUCCACUCACUGCAGGUUUCAUUAUGUUUCCAUAACAUCACGAGGGGUUUGCACUGUGCGUUUAGCGCAGACUCUCACAGUUAACGUGUUUCUUUGUAAAUAAAUCCAUGGAACGUCCAUUCUUUAAAAAUGCCAGGUUCAGAGCAAACUUAAACUUUUAAUCUGUUUAUGUCUGCACUCAGUCAGAAGCAUAGGAAUAAAGCCAUGGCACGCUUCAAACAUUUCACAUCACUGUUUAUAAUCUACACUGGACGACUGUAGUGUCACACGGAGAAGAGCACUGAGGACAAUCUAAACGGCCUUAAUGAUGUUACAAAGCAAUUCCCACUGUUAGCAUGGUGACUCUCUUCCCUGUCAUCUUUGCUCUGCUCUGUUCCAACAACUGCAUGGACUCAAAUCUGUUGUCUGUAAAGAAACAUUUUCAAAUCUGUACAAUACAUGAAUAAAGGCUACAGUAUUUAUUAA